AUGGGUAGCCCUCUCACGCGCCGGCGCCCGCCGGCGGCGCAGCGCACGAACGAGGCGCGCCUCGCGAAAGACGCCGCCGCAACCGCCGCCGCGCCGCCGCCGCCGCGCGAUCGCUUCGCGCUCGACGCGCGGUCCCUCGCCGCCUUCCGCGCCUUGCUCGCCCUCGCGCACCUGCGGCUGCUCGUCGACGCGUGGCCCUCCGUCGAGGCGCUGGCGUCGGGCGCCGGCGUCUUCGACGACGCGACGCUCCACGCGCACGCCGCGUCCUGGGCCGCGGCGCCGCUGCGGUACCGGCGCGACGGCGCGUGGGCGCUCGCGUGGCACGCCUUCGCCGUCGCCGCGACGCUUUUACUCUUCGCGGGCGCGUGCACGGGGCCCGCGACGGCCGCGACGUGGUACGCCGUCGUGGCGCGCGCCGCCCACCGACCGGCGACGCACGCGGGGCCCACGGGGUUGCUCGGCGCGUUCUUGUUCUGGGGCUGCUUCCUACCGCUCGGCCGCCGCUGGUCCGUCGACGCGUGGCUCCGCCGGAGCUGCGAGACCGACGCCGUGGCCGGCGCGGGCGCCCUCGCGCUGCGGGCUCAGGUCGCCGCGCUCUACGGCUGCAGCGCCUUCGUCAAGUGCUUCGCGGCGGACAGCGACUGGCGUGACGGGCGCGCCGUCGAGGAGCACGUCAUCGUCGAGGCGAACGCGGCCGUGCUCCGGGCGCUGCUCGCCUCGGACCUCGGCGCGCGGAGCGGCGUCAAGGCCCUGCUCGGCUUCUGGCAGGAGGUCGUGCCGCUGCUGCGCGCCGAGUCCUUCGACGCGGUCUUCUUCGACCCGUUUCCGAACGACCUCGAGCGGCUCGGCGGGGCCUGCGCGCACCAGCGGGGCUUCAUGGCCGAGGCCUUCCGCGUGCUCCGGCCCGGCGGCGUCUUCGUCUACAUGUCCGGCUCCUCCGACGAGGCGUCCGUCGAGGCGGACACCGCCGCCGCGCUCGCCGCGGGCUUCCUCCCCGGCGACGUCGACAUCACCGUCAGGGACUACCCCAUGGUCGACGACUUGUGCGCCGAGUACCCGAACUGCGCCCACUUCGACCAUUCCGUGCUCAUGACGCGCCUCGUUAAGGCGCCCGCCCAGUGCACCGAUCAAAACUCAGAUUCUGAUAGCCUGGAUUUAAAA